AUGGAAUAAUUUUAAUUGGCAUCGGCAAUAUUUUUGAAGGAAUUUUUGAAACUAGUUGAUAUAUAGAAUUUGAAUCUAGAAAGCAUAGAUGAGCAUAUAGAGUAUUUGAAGUCCCAAAUUUUAUUGGAUCAGGAGUCCGAUGAACAGAUAAAAAUGGAGUAGAACUGCAAUCCCUAAGUGGAAUAUCCUGAAUUCGAACACCACAUGCGAUAGAAAACAAAAAAAAAACAUUCAAACAAAGAGAGGAGUAAUGGUGACAAGUAUUUCAAUUGUUCAAAAUGUAGCAAGAAAUUUAAUCAUCCCUCAAGUUUAUCUAGACAUAAGAAGAAUCAACAUAAAAUCGUAAAGAAAGACAAGUUUGAAUUGAACCAGCUUCAAUCCCAGCAACAGGAAGUUGUCAUUAAUUUGAUGGAUCUCGACAUUUGA